AUCAGAUACAUUAGUACAAUAAAAACCGAAACAUUGCGGUACGCCGAUCACACUGACUGAUACGAAUACUUUAAAUUUGGGUUUAGUGAGAAGAAAAAUAAUUGUGUGAUAAACACAUUUAAAUGUUUUGAAAAAAAAAUCCAAUUAAUUUAUUGCAUAAUUAACACAAUUUUUUAUAAUCUAAUUAAUUAACAGUUUUUUUAAAUACACAAUAUGCAAUUUUUAAGCUUAAAAUUAAAAGUGUAAAUUAAGAAAAAUGCAACCUUGCCAAUAGGGAAUUUUAGUGAACUGCCAGUCAUCGUGAUUGUCAGCAUUUGUCAAUUGGAUCGGUGAAGAAAUCCAAAUAAGAAUUUUAUAUUGUGGAAAUAUAGUUUUCAUAAGAAAAUAUUUAAAUAUGAGUGUGCGUGUAAUUAAUGAUGAUGCUCACUUUCAAUCAGAGCUUAGUUCAGCCGGAAUACGUCUUGUGGUCGUAGAUUUUACUGCUAGUUGGUGUGGACCAUGUCAACGUAUAGCACCACAUUUCGAGAUUCUUCCAACCAAAUAUCCAAAAGCAAUUUUUCUUAAAGUGGACGUUGAUAAAUGUCAGGACACAGCAGCGAGCCAAGGUGUUUCAGCUAUGCCCACAUUUAUUUUUUACCGGAACAGGACAAAAAUUGAUCGUGUCCAAGGUGCAGAUAUAAUGGUAUUAGAAAAUAAGAUUCAGGAACACAUCGGCUCUAGUGGUGGAGACGAAGCUGGUGAGGACUACGGUCAAGGGCUUAUGGAGCUGAAUACAUUCAUUUCGAAACAGGAAUGUGAAUGUUUGAAUGAGGCUGAUGACCAUUGCUUAAAUCAUUGCCUUACAUCGAAUGGUGGUUAUCUGCAAUCGGAUUGUGAUGAGCAAUUAAUAUUGUCAGUAACAUUUAAUCAACUUGUAAAAAUACACUCAUUGAAGUUCAAAGCUCCACCACACUUAGGACCAAAAGAAAUUAAACUGUUUAUAAAUCAACCAAGGACAAUCGAUUUUGACAUGGCUGAAUCAAUGACCAGUGUGCAAGAUUUAACCUUGGAUCCCAAGGAGCUUGAGAACGGCCAGCCAAUCAAUCUUCGUUACGUUAAAUUUCAAAACGUUCAAAAUAUUCAAAUUUACGUUCGUAACAAUCAAUCAGGGGGAGAAGUUACACAAAUAGAUUACAUUGCAUUCAUAGGAUCUCCCAUUAUGACAACAAAGAUGACCGAUUUCAAACGUGUCGCUGGUAAAAAAGGAGAAAGUCAUUAAAAUAAAUCAAUGAAAAAAUCGAAAAAUAAGUUUUGUUGUGGAUUAAAGAGAAAUCUUUCCAACUGA